CCGUAAUAAAUGCGUCUGUCUGGUCCCUCUGCUUUACUCUUCCAGCGCCUUUCAGAGAAUAAACGUCUCUGAAAACUUCUACUACAAUGUUCGUCACAAAUAUUUUUUGUUUUGGCCUCUCUCCUUGGAGCAGGACUACAUCUAAAUGGCGUCGAGUCAAUGACUCAUUCUCUGAUGUAUUUUGAGACUUCUUCAACUGAUGUCUCAAACUUCCCAGAGUUCAUUGCUGUUGGUUAUGUGAAUGGCCUUCAGAUCGUUCAUUAUGACAGUAACACAAAGAGAGCAGUGCCCAAACAGGAGUGGAUGAAGAGGAUCACAGAGGAGGAUCCACAGUACUGGGACACACAGACUCAGAUCAGUUUGAACAAUGAGCAGUCGUACAAAGUCAACACUGAAAUAGUGAAACAGCGCCUCAACCAGACUGAAGGCUCUCACAUGGUGCAGAAGAUGUACGGCUGUGAAUGGGACGAUGAGACCGGUGACAUAAAUGGAUGGUUUCAGUACGGUUUUGAUGGAGAAGAUUUUAUCGCCUUUGACCUGAAGACUGAGACUUUUGUGGCUCCGAGAUCAGAGGCCGUCAUCACCAAACACAAGUGGGAGAGAGAUGGAGUGGCUGUUAAAAAGAAAAACUACAUCACCCACAUUUGUGUUGAUUAUCUGAAGAAAUACUUGAAAUAUGGACAGAGCACCAUUAUGAGGAAAGAGCUCCCUCUGGUGUCCUUCCUGCAGAAGACUCCCUCGUCCCCGGUCACCUGCCACGCCACAGGCUUCUACCCCGACAGAGCCAUGCUGUUCUGGACCAAAGACGGAGUGGAGCUGCACGAGGGCGUGGACCCCGGGGAGAUCCUGCCCAAUCACGACGGGACCUUCCAGAUGAGUGUGGACCUGGACAUGUCCCACCUGUCCUCUGUCCCACCUGAGGACUGGGGACACUUCGGGUGCAUGUUCCAGUUGUCUGGAGUUCCAGACAUGCCCACCAAGCUGCACCCAGACCUGAUCAUGAGCAACGGUGAGCAGCUUUCUGUGGGACUAAAGACUGUGUGAAGUGAUGAAAAUGAA